UGCACUCACUCCUGAGCCCUGAGCUGAUUAGCUGCAUGCUGAUCCCCCAGCAGGGCUGCUGCUCUCUCCUUUCCUACAGAUCAGGGGACAUUUAUAUUCCCAGCUGAGGGGACAUUUAAAUUCCCAGCUCAGGGUGUGGACCUGCCAACAUGUUGCCUAUGGGACCUCUCUGAAGCCAUGGGAUCACUUUGAGGGCUGGGCACCCAACCUUUAAAACUGCCCACAUCCAGCUAUUUUUUUCCCCCCUCUUUUCUGCGUGAGUGUCACCACUGGUAUUUUGGUGCGGAGGGGGGUCCUUGUAAGUUUUUAUUUUUUUUUAAAAGGCUUCGUCUGCUGGCAGAGGAGUUCAGAGCAUGGGAAGUACAGUCAUGGAUACCAAGAAGAAAAAGGAUCUGCCCAGGAAGCCCUCCGGCCAGAGGAAGAAGAUGCUGAGAGUCCACAUCCCUGAUCUCAGUUCCUUUGCUAUGCCGUUUUUGGAUGGAGAUUUGGAUAAUGCAGAGAAAAAUUCCCAGCGCAAGGCAGAGGAGCCUUGCAGCACUGGAAGCCCCUCCAAAAGCUUUUUUCCCCGAGGCCUCCAAAACCAGCCAUCGAGUCCGUUAUCCGCCCCCGUCAAAACCAAGUACAGCCCCGGAUCUCCCAAGACUGUCUUUCCCUUCCCGUACCAGGAGUCCCCACCUCGCUCCCCGCGUCGGAUGAGCUUCAGCGGCAUCUUCAGAUCCUCAUCCAAAGAUUCUUCUUCCCCCAACUCAAACCCAUCUACCUCGCCUGGUGGCAUCCGCUUCUUUACAAGGUCAAGGAAAGCCUCAGGACUCUCUUCCUCCCCAUCCACUCCCACACAAGUGACCAAGCAGCCCACCUUCCCCCUGGAAUCCUACAAACAUGAGCCAGAACGGUUAGAGGCCCGGCUGCGCUCUUACUCCUCACCCCCGGACACCGGACAGAGGUUUUCAUUACCACACAUGCCCGUAACUGUGACAAAGUCCUCAGUCUUGUCAUCGUCCCUCAGCGCUACCUCAAGAACAGCUCAAAGCACCACUGAAGGCAUGCUGGAGAAACUAGAGCUGGAAGAUGAAGCUGUUGAAGAAUCAGAAAGUGACAUAUAUACGCGCUUCAUGAAAUCCCACAAGUGUUACGACAUUGUCCCAACCAGCUCCAAACUCGUUGUAUUCGACACUACGUUACAAGUAAAGAAGGCUUUUUUUGCCUUGGUAGCCAAUGGCGUGCGAGCUGCUCCUCUAUGGGAAACAAAAAACCAGAGUUUUGUAGGUAUGUUAACAAUUACAGAUUUCAUUAAUAUAUUGCAUCGAUAUUACAAGUCUCCCAUGGUACAGAUCUAUGAGCUGGAAGAGCACAAGAUCGAGACAUGGAGGGAGCUGUAUUUACAGGAGACGUUCAAGCCUCUAGUGAACAUAUUUCCAGAUGCAAGUCUCUUCGACGCUGUAUAUUCAUUGAUAAAAAAUAAAAUCCACAGAUUGCCUGUUAUUGACCCAGUCAGUGGAAAUGCACUUUAUAUACUUACCCACAAAAGAAUCCUCAAGUUCCUUCAGCUUUUUGUGUCAGAAAUGCCAAAGCCUGCCUUCAUGAAACAAAAUUUAGAGGAGCUGGGGAUCGGCACAUACCACAACAUUGCCUUCAUCCACCCUCACACUCCUAUCAUUAAAGCUUUGAAUAUAUUCGUGGAGAGGAGAGUCUCGGCGCUGCCGGUGGUGGGCGAGUCCGGAAAAGUUGUAGAUAUUUAUUCCAAAUUUGAUGUAAUUAACCUUGCUGCUGAGAAAACCUAUAAUAAUCUUGACAUCACCGUGACGCAGGCCCUAGAGCACCGAUCGCAGUAUUUCGAAGGCGUGGUGAAGUGCAGUAAGCUGGAGACACUGGAGACGAUCGUGGAUCGGAUAGUGAAGGCAGAGGUGCACAGACUGGUAGUUGUAGAUGAAGCAGACAGCAUUGUGGGAAUCAUCUCCCUGUCAGACAUUCUACAGGCCUUAGUGCUCUCUCCAGCAGGUGCCAAAAGGAAGGAGAGUGAAGCAGAAUGACCGUGAAUGCAGAACAUAUAAAUAUAUAUAUAUAUAUAAUAUAUAGAAUUUUUUUAAAGAAAAGAAGAACUUGAAUGAUGUUUUUUUUGCGUCAAUCUUUUGCCUCAGAAACCCUGAAUGCAACAGAGGAACACAACUGGACAGGAAUGUGCAACUGACGGUGUCAGCGGGCUCUUGUACCGGUCCAGCGUGGUCACGAGCUCAUUUAUUGGUGGGAAACGGUUGUACUUUUUUUCAAAAAAUAAUUUUUGACAUAUUGAAAAUGAGGCCCUAGCGCUUCAUGUCUGACGUUACGAUUGUCAUGUUACCUAAUAAGCUGUAUGCGCAUAGCAUAGUGCUCUGUAUCAGUCCAAAAGAACUUUGCAUUAUGGGAUACGAUGCCCAGCACUGUCAGCGGGUGGGGAACCGGUGGGUGCAAAGCGACACUGUACUGAAUGUGAAAGGGCUGCCAACUAAAGCCACAUGUAAACUUGCCCGCCUCUUAUUUAGUGUAUCCUGCGGUUGCCUGCAAAAGCCCCGCCCCCCUCGCCAUUCAUUGCACCAUGGCUGUAGUGUCUGGGGCUCACAUCAAGGGGGCACUGCUACGCCUCUCUCCGCUUACUGUCAGGCAUUGGAUACAUACAUACAUACAUACACGGGCGAUGGCAGCGUUGGCUCAAUAGGUGCGACCUGACGCCAGGUUGCUUGUUUGAUUUAGAGCCCAAAUAUAUGAGACACUGAACAAUAAUAAUCAUUAUUUAUUUUUACUUUAAAUAAAAAAAUUACAAAAAACCCCAAAACCUUUUUUUUUUUUUUUUUUUAAUUUUUACACAGUUCUGGUGAACGGUAAGAGCUUUUUGCCAUAUCAUUAAUAAACUGUUGAUUGUUAUAAAACGCA